CGUCGCUGCAUCUAUAAUCGGUGACACUCCGGGGCUCCUUUCCACCGCGAAAGAGUUCUUCGAAGUCUUUUCGUGUUCACGCUUCUUCGAGAUGAACACCACAACAUCCCUGUCUCUCGGAGUUCUGGACAGACGCUUCAUCCGGGGUGACGUUCGAUCCGGGAACUACUGAAAACGCGCAGCAACCAUUUGGCGCAACGGGACGCAGUUCACUGCUCCUUCGUCUUUGCUGGUUAUCGUGUGCAACUUUUGCCGAACUCGAGAGCUUACUGUGCUGGGAAAGUUCUUCGGGUGUAUGGCCGUGCCGCAUUGGCUGACAGCGCGUGCGCAGUUUUCACGGGACGUUCACUGCUCCUUCGUCUAUACCAGUUAUCGUGCGCAUCGUUUGCCGAAUCUCUGAGCUUAUACUGUGCUGGAAAAGUUCAUCGGCUGACAGUGUAUGUGUGUGGAGUUCGCCGAACCUGAGAGCUAGUGUGGGUGUGCCUGAGAAGGUGUUCCGUGUGGCGCCGGUAGUGAUGACCGGGAAGGACGGCGCCGCCAUCGACCGGAAGCUGGUCGUUGUGGGAGAUGGCAACUGCGGCAAGACCUGUCUCCUGGUUACGUACUGCAGCGACAGUUUCCCGGAUGUCUACGUGCCGACGGUGUUCGAGACGUACAGCACGUUCGUCGAGUGCAACCAGCAGAGGGUUCGACUCUCACUCUGGGACACGGCGGGCGAGGAAGACUACGACCGCCUCCGGCCUCUCUCGUACGGCCAGGCCAACGUGGUGCUGAUGUGCUUCACGAUCGACAACGCCGACAGCCUGAGCAACGUGGAGUACAAGUGGGAACCCGAGAUCCGUCACUACCUGCCCAAGGUGCCCAUCGUGCUCGUCGGAAACAAGAGGGACAUCCGCGAUGACUACCGGCCACCACUGAUUCUUCCGCGCAACUACAAGCCUCCCGUGACGUCGUCCGAAGGGCGAGCCGUGGCCAGUCGCAUCAGGGCCGCGGCUUACGUCGAGUGCUCGGCCCUCAAGAGGAUCGGCGUCAAGGAGGUCUUCGACGCGGCCAUCAAGGCGUCGCUCCAGCAGCAGCCAGGACGAAAGAAGCAGCGUCGAUGUAGCAUGCUGUAGCAUGAAGUACAAAAGAGCAAGUCACCGUCAAGCACGAGCACUUUUGUCCGUGGCCGUCCCUGUCAAGGCAGUUCACCCAGCAUCGCGUUUUCGAGUCAUUCAAGCAAGUCUGAAAUCAGAAAUGCUCCAAUAAAGACACAUACCGCUACAU